AUGCUCAGAGAGCCAAGACCCAACAGGAUUCCACCCCAGCGACCUGAACCAACUGCAGCAACCGCAGUCUAGACUCUAGACACGAGAGUGACGCCAGCCAGUCCGCUCCGCACGCGCCCCCACCCACGUGCAUUGCGCUACGUGGCAUCACCGCACUGAAGCUGCCUCGCCAUGGAGGGAACGGCACGGUCCGGUCCAGAUUUCGAUUUAGUCUCUUUCGUCAGAGGCGUGCAAGCGGAGUGGGAGAGCGGUAGGCUGAAGAGCCAGUGGCGGGAGCAUCUAGCGCGCCACGUGGACGGCCUUCGGCGCCACGUGCCGCAUUUCCCGCUGCCGAGCAUCACCCGUCAAGCGCGCGCAGACCCGGCUUCCGCGGAUGGCGGGGAACGCCCGCCGGGACUCAGGGAUGUGGGGGUGCGCGCGAUUGGCGCGCAGCCAGGCGGAGGGCAAGGGGGAGGAGCGGAGGGAGCUGACUCGCGCGGGGACGAGAACGGCGCGGAAGGGCGGAGAAACGGCGGUGGUGCGCCACUUGGCGCAGUCGCGCAGGCGGCGCAAGCGGAGAGCCGCAGAGUGCGGAAGGCGAGCGGUCGGAAGUGGGGGCGCGAGACGGUGAAGCAGCGGAUGGAGCGGUGGCGCCGAGAGCGAGAGAUGAUGAUGCGCGCGGCGGAGGAGGAGGGGGAGGAGGAGGAGGAGACGCCACAGGCGGUGGCGGUGGAAGAGUUGUACGUGGCGCGCACCAGACACUACACGCCCAACGUGCUCACCUUCGGCUACUCGUUCAAGCAGUGGACGGAGUACUGGGCGCUGCUCACCACGGGCGAGCUCUACCUCGGCCUGCCCCACGGUGACCCGCGCCACUUCGACUUCCAUGCAGACCGCCGCACCAACCCACACCGCUUCGUACCGCUCUCGCACGCGCACGGCCCGUCACACGAGUUUGAGUACGACGGGUGCCAGGUGGCGCUCUCCCCCGGGCAGCAGGAGGUGCGGCUGGGGAACGACGUGGUGUUUAAGAGGGUGCAGCCAUGCGAGGCGGAGGACGGGUGCCGGCUGGACGGGCGGUUUGUGCACGAGGCGGCGAGGGACUUCGUGGACGCGGCGGAGGCGUCGGGGGUGAAGGGAGUGACCACCGUAUCGUUCCGCCCCGAUGGCACGUUCAGUGUGCGGGGCGGCACGGGGAUACUGCCGUGUAAAUCUGGGGGGAGGGGCGGGGGAGAGGGGGUGGGGGUGGGGAUGGGGAUGGGGAAUGGGGAGAGGGAAGGGCAGGUGGAUGACGAGGACAGGGGCGGACGGGGGGAAUACGAGAUACGGGGCAAUGGCAUCGAGCUGCGGUACGAGGGGGGGCGCGUGGAGGAUGCCUUCUUCUUUGAGUACCCGGGGUCAGAGGGCACAGAGGUCAACAUCAACGGCACCACGUACCACAGAGUGGCGGAGCACGGUGGUGAGGAGUGAGGGGGGGUGGGUGCAGCUGGCGCUGAUGAGUGACUGAUGCUGGCGGCAGCGAUAGAUGGGUGGCAGGACUAUGUUGCACCUGGGUGGUAGGUAGAUGGGUUCUGGAUGGUGGAUGCACUGUGCUCUGCAUAUUGCACCUUCGGAAAGUUGGAGUUGGUAUGCAUGCCUCCAUGACCUCCUGCUCUGUACAAAGAAGCGGAUGUGCUGUGCUGCAGUUAUUUGUGGUGGUAGACUGCUUGCCUUGCAGCUGCACCAGACAAUUGCAGCAUGCGGAGUGUUCAUUUGCGCCUGCACAGG